UUACAUUCACAAUUGGUCUUCGAGUUUCGACUUGACGCCAGCAGCAGUCGGCAGCAGCUGAUUACAUAUUCCGAAACUUAUCAGAGUGCCAAACCGGAGCAGCCAGUUGUUUUCAAACUGUCGUUGUUAGGGGCAGGUUUCUUUGGAACUAGAAUUAAAUCUGUCAUGGUGAAAGCACUGUUGUUGAUUUUGCUACUUUGCCUGUCGUCAGCAACGUCGCAGCAGUCAGUGCAAGAUGCACCACACGUCUGGGAGGUUACCACCCUUUGCAGCAUACCGAACGAGCCACAACAGGGCACUUGUACGGCACCGGGUGACUGCGAGGCAUACGGUGCCAUCAAUGACCCGUCCAAUUUGAGUUCUGUGGGUCGGCUAAGUUUUUUGAAGCAAAUACAGUGCAAUGCAACGAUGAAUCUCGGAUCGGAACAGAUGUUAGUGGGUGGUGUCUGUUGUCCUAGAGCAGCAUCCUACAGUUUGCCGGUAAUCAACGAGAGUCUAUCGAGACGUAUCCGGCCGCAGUCGCCGAUGGUUCACUCGCGCUUCGGAGAGGACGAAAGCUGCGGUUUCCAGACGUACGUGGCUAAAAUUCGCGGUGGCGAAAUCGCCAACAUCGACGAGUUUCCCUGGAUGGCGAUGUUGCUGUACGAAAGCAGAGAUUCCAGUGUUGUUGUGCACGGUUGCGGAGGGGCCCUGAUCAGCCGGAACUUUGUCGUCACGGCGGCGCACUGCGUUACUGGACGGGAGUACGACACGAAGGGACCGCUCAAAUACGUCCGGCUCCGCGAGUACAACGUGUACGACGAUCCAGACUGCGUGAUCGAGCAGAAUUUCAGGGACUGCUCGGAGGAAAAGUUCGACGCUACCCCGCGGAAUGUCAUCGUCCAUCCGGAGUACGACAACGAGGGCACCAAUAAGCACCACGACAUCGCACUGAUCGAGAUCGACCGAAGUCCACCGUAUUCGGAUUUCCUGCGACCGAUCUGCCUUCCAGAGCCGGAACUGGACAACGGGGCUUCCGACGGCAUGAAGCUGACCGUUUCAGGCUGGGGCCGCACGGAAAUCUUUCGCAAGCAACUAGGCAACAACGCGCUCAGUCCAAUCAAGCUGAAAGUGGUGCUGCCGUAUGUCGAUUUGGAAUCGUGUAAAAAGCUGUUUCGUCCGCAGGGCUUACAAAUCGGUUCCGGGCAGCUGUGUGCUGGUGGCCAAAAGGCGAAGGACUCCUGUGGAGGCGACAGUGGCUCCCCGUUGAUGUACUACGAUACUCGAAAAGGUGUCUGGGUGCUGACCGGACUCGUCUCGCUCGGGGUACGUGAAUGUGGCACCGAAGGCAUCCCCGGCGUGUACACUAACGUGCGCGAGUACUUGGCCUGGCUGAAGUCGAACGCGCAACUGUAGAACGAAUGGAAAUAAAUGCGCUAGGCGAGUAGAAUGCUUUUGCUAAA